AUGGCAGGAGUGCUGCUGAGACGCGCUGGGGCCGCAACCCCGGCAACAAACGAGGAGUCUUACAAGCAUUUAGCGGCUGACCCUGCAAAGGCAAAGGUCACGUGGCCAAAGUUGCUCAAUGCGCCUUUGUCUGAGGUUGACCCAGAGCUGGAGGACAUCAUAGAGCACGAGAAGAACAGACAAUGGAAGGGCUUGGAGCUGAUUCCCUCGGAGAACUUUGUGUCUUCGUCAGUGAUGGAGGCUGUGGGGUCGGUGAUGACCAACAAGUACAGCGAGGGCUACCCAGGCGCUCGCUACUACGGUGGCAAUGAGUUCAUCGACCAAGCAGAGAGAUUGUGCCAGGAGCGGGCGCUGAAGGCGUUCAGGCUGGACCCUGAGAAGUGGGGCGUCAACGUCCAGUCGCUGUCCGGCUCGCCAGCCAACUUCCAGGUGUACACUGCGCUGCUGAACCCGCACGACCGCAUCAUGGGCCUGGACCUGCCCCACGGCGGCCAUCUGAGCCACGGCUACCAGACCGACACCAAGCGCAUCUCAGCCGUCUCCAUCUUCUUUGAGACGAUGGCCUACAGACUGGACGAGGAGACGGGCAUCAUCGACUACGACCGUCUGGAGGAGAACGCAGCGCUGUUCAGGCCCAAGCUGAUCGUGGCGGGUGCCUCCGCGUACGCGCGUCACUACGACUACCCUCGCAUGCGCGCCAUUGCUGACAAGCACAAGGCCUUCCUGCUUGCCGACAUGGCCCACAUCUCCGGCCUCGUCGCCGCCGGCGUGGUGCCGUCGCCGUUCGACUACGCGGAUGUGGUGACCACGACGACGCACAAGUCGCUGCGGGGGCCGCGCGGAGCCAUGAUCUUCUUCCGGAAGGGCGUGCGCAGCGUGGACAAGAAGGGCAAGGAGAUCAUGUACGACAUGGAGGACAAGAUCAACUUCUCUGUCUUUCCCGGCCUGCAGGGAGGCCCCCACAACCACACCAUUUCUGGGCUGGCCUGCGCUCUGAAGCAGGCGGCAGGCCCUGAGUUCAAGGCCUACCAGGAGCAGGUGCUCAAGAACUCCAAGGCCCUGGCCGACGGCCUGCAGAAGCGCGGCUUCAAGCUCGUGUCCGGCGGCACUGAGAACCACUUGGUGCUGGCGGACCUGCGGCCCAAGGGAGUGGACGGCAGCAGGGUGGAGCGCGUGUUGGAGUUGGCCCACAUUGCUGCCAACAAGAACACCGUCCCCGGCGACAAGUCCGCGCUCGUCCCCGGCGGCCUGCGCAUGGGCGCCCCUGCUCUGACCUCUCGCGGCUUCACCGAGGCCGACUUUGACAAGGUCGCCGAGUUCGUGGACAGGGCGGUGCAGAUCACCGUUGACCUGAAGAACAAGGAGGGCGCGGGCCCCAAGCUGAAGGAUUUCAAGGCCUACGUGGACUCCAACGAGGUCCCAGAGAUCAAGGAGCUCAAGUCUGCCGUCGAGGAGUUUGCCAAGGACUUCCCCACCAUUGGCUUUGAGAAGAGCGAGAUGCGGUACAAGGACUGA